AUGGAUGAGGAAGAGACAGCUGAAUCGUUGAAAGAAGGUAGAAGUGAGACCACCUCGUUUGUCCCUGAAUAUUUGCCGGAGUCCAGUUUUGAAAAAUCCCCACCAGCCAUCCAAGACUCACAAUGCACUCUUUCAUCUAAUGCGACAACAUCAAGCAUCGACUCGAGAUCCCAACAUUUCCCUCAUUGCGCCAUUUGUGGAUUCAACGUUGAAGUCUACUUGGUUCAUUACAGAAGAAUCCGACCACCGACAAACAACAAUUGGAUUUUCCGUUUCAAAUGUCGCCGUAAGACGUGUAAUAAAUUUUUUGGACAUAGCUGGACCAAAAAGAGGGAUGGUGAAUUCGAGAUUAUAAAUGAAGAUGCGACUUUCGAAAAUUUGCCGUUCUUUUCCAGAUUCAAUCCGGACAUAGAUCCUGCUGAAUAUAACAAAAUUGUCACUCCUCAUCUAGCCGAGCAACAUGGCUCGGUUCGAAGGGGUAGACCGAAGAAAAUCAUUUCUCCAUUGCUCGUCCAUGACAGAGGUCCUGUACGUGGAGCCCCGAUUAAAAUUUCACUAGCAUCUCCGCCAAAGUCAUCAGCUGAUAAACCGCUUCUACUCCAGGAUCAAGAUGAACUCAAAAUGCCGAUUGAUGAAUGUACAAAUGAAUCGAUUGAUGUAACUGUCAAUAAGUCUAAAGAUGAGCCAUUUGUUCAAUCAGAAGUUUCUAAGCAACCAAAAUCACAAAAAGGAUACGCGUACGUGCUAGAGUUUGCGCCACAAGGAGAGGAUUUGCCAAAAGAAAAGAAACCACCACGACUUCCACCAAAGAGAACUAAACCGUUGAAGCACGAUGGAGUUAAAGAAUUUGGCGUUUCAAACGCUCCACUGCGAGUCUCAUCACCAAACGAUGCGUCAAUUCGCCGUUUUCAUUGCUGGACACAAACCAUGGAUUUGGCGCACGUGACUAGCUUCGCAAUUGAUGAAGUGAUGAAGAGAAAUGCCAAAGAAGAGGAGCAAAUAACUUCAGAAACAAGCGCACUGGAACCUGGUCCAUCAAUGUCAACAAAUAAGGAAGCGGUGUCGGCACGUCAGCUCAUCGUUGCUUCACAUGCAAUCGGUCAAGCGCGCAAAAGUGAAGAGAAAAUGCGAGUGGAAAGGGAUCGAUUGAAAGAUGCGCUCGCUCUGCUGCUUACCCAGAUGCAUUCACUCAAACGCCAGCAUAUUGAAGACACUCGCCGAAUAAGGGAUGAUAUUGAUGCGGCAAAACACGAAAUGCGCACAUAUCACGGAGAAUUGGGUAUCGAAGCAAAUAUGAUAAAAAGUGUGAUUGAUAAAGUGAAGAAAGCACAAGGAGAAAAGCUGAAAGAUAUUGAAAAGAAUAACAAGAAGUUGAAGGGACAACUCGAGCUGAUGGAAACAAAAUAUCAACACGCUGAGGCACAAUCGAAUAAAUAUCAUCGCGAAUUGGAAGAACGUGAUCGAAAAGUGGCACUUGUUACGGCGGAAAAAUUAGAAGUAGCAAAGAAGUUGGAGGACAAACUCUUUUUGGAUAACAACCAAAAAUGUUUUCACUGCACCGAGUCGUCGAACCUGAAGAAUUUUUACGAGAGGCAGGCAAAAACAAAAGCCGAAACAGUCGAUAAAUUGGAGGCGGAGAAUAGAAAAUUGAUCAGCGAAUUAGAAGGAUCCCAACAAAUUGUGACCACAUUGAAGAAAAAUGAGGGAAGACUGAAAUAUGAACGAGACACUUAUGAGGCAGAGAAUCGGAGAUUAUUGGCGAGGCCGGGGACCGAAGAGGAGAAUUUGAUCAAGAACGAUCAAUCAAAUCGAAGUAGCGACGGAACGAAAUCGGCCUCUCCGCAAAUUCACUCAUCACCUAAUGGAUAUACCGUUCCUUCACAAUCACCCAAGCAAACGCAAGCAACGCAUAAAUUGGCUCCUUUACCGACUUUUGCUCCUUUGUCCACCACUGACCAAGUGCCGGUUGCCUUUGCGAAUUGGAUCACGAAACCAAAACCAGCCGAGCCACUAGGGAAAACAAUGACUGAUCAACAUCAACGAAAGUUUGAAAACAACGCGGAGAAGAAAAAGAAGAAACUUGAAAAGCGAGAAAAUCCUGAAGUGCAAGCUAGCACUGAGAAGGUUGAACUGCAAGCGACUAAAGAAACGACGGCACCAGAACCAACCACUUCUCAAAUCCCGCUUAAGAAACCCCGUGUCGAAACACCACCAAUAAUUGUAAAUGGCCUCACAUCUUCGAUUGCAAAAGAGAGAGUUAAUUCGCCAGUGCCAAAUGCACAAUCGAUCAAGAAGAUUGUCAGUCCUUCUCCACAGAACGGUCAAAUUGCCAAGAAACCCUUGCCAGCGCCGGGUGGAUCAAAAAUCGUGCCACCAAAAGCCAAUCCAGCUCACAAUAAAGUCUCGUCUCGUCCAACCUACCUCGAAAAUUCGCCAAAGCCGGUCGUCAAGCCAUCGUGGUUACAACACGAAGCUCGUCAAAAUGUUCAUCGACCUCAUCCAAAUGAACCAGCGCCGAACAUGGGACGAUAUUGGAACCCUCAAAUACCGGUGGUUAAUGGGCCAAUAAAUCCUCCCCCACCGGGCGUGGAUUGGAACCGAGACGCCGGAUUGCCGUGGCAUCGCCGGCCAAAUGCCCCCAAUGGGUCUUUUAACCCACCACCUUCCAACGAUUCAUGGGUACCCCCUUCGAGCAACAUUCAACGAAGGGGAUUUUGGGAA